AUGGCCGAAACACAUGAAUCCGUAUCAAGCCUAGGAAUUCCGCCAUCUCAAUACGUCGUUGAUGUAUCCGUUAUUGACAGUACCACUCAUGUUGAGGUGCCGCUGGGAUUCUUCAUAAGAAACCCCUUGACUGGACAUGAUACCCUGAAUUGUCCAUCCUACGUCUUUCUUAUUGAGAGUCAUCAAGGAAAAAGAGUUCUCUUUGAUUUGGGCCUGCGGAAGGAUACGGUGUCAUUCCCUCCAGUAAUUCGCAGUGGUAUGGCGAAUUUGAUUAUGAAGACUGAGAAGGAUGUCGCUACUAUUCUUAAAGAUGAUGGCCGUCUUGCACUUGCCGACAUCAAUAGCAUUAUAUGGAGCCACUGGCAUGCAGACCAUACUGGUGACCCAUCUACUUUUCCACCCACUACAGAGCUUGUGGUGGGCCCCGGGUUCAAGAACAAGCUUCUUCCAGGAUAUCCUGCGGAUCCCAACGGUCUAAUCCUUGAAAGCGACCAUGCAGGGAGACUACUACGUGAAAUCGACUUUCGCACUGGGCUGAAGAUUGGUCAAUUCCGCGCCAUGGACUUUUUCGGUGACGGCAGCUUUUAUUUGUUAGACGCCCCCGGUCAUGCCAUCGGGCAUAUGUGUGCCUUAGCACGGACCACGCCUACGACAUUCAUAUUCAUGGGUGGAGACGGUUGUCACCAUUGCGGAUGUCUGAGGCCGGCCAACGAACUACCGAUACCAAAAGAAGUCUCACCAUCUCCAUUCUCAAAUCCCCCACACUCACCAGGCUCUGUCUGUCCUGGAUCUCUCCUUGCAGAAAUUCACCCCAAAAAAAGUCGCACGGAGCCUUACUACACCCAAUUAUCGGCCGCGGAGGGACGCGAUGUGCCUGAGGCCGAAGCAACUAUCUUGAAGAUGAUAGCGUUCGAUGAGAGUCAAGAUGUUUUUGUCAUAAUUGCGCAUGAUAAUACCCUUUUGGACGUCAUUGACUUCUUUCCUGAAACAGUGAACGCGUGGAAACAGAAGGGUUGGAAGGGGACUAGUAGAUGGAGGUUUUUGACUGAUUUUAAAGAUGCUGCUGCGGAGGCUGAUCUUAUAAAACCCGCUGGGAGAUGGUAA